GGCCGCCUCCCACCCAGCCCGCGCCCGGCGGACCGCGGCACACGCGGGGAGUGACAGUUCCUGGAGUUUCCGAGCGCCCGCAGCCAGGGGAAGAGUCCCGCUCCCGGCAUGGGCGGCCGCCUCCUCUUGGAGAGAGAUCGGGAUCAAGGAGAACACCCUGAUUCAGCAGAACUGGCUGGUUGUGCUGCUGUCAUCAUGAGAAGGCACAGGGUCAUUGGUUUCUUAACAUAUGUGUAAGAAAAAGGUUUAGACAAGGAUCUGGUGGUUGUUCCCUGACAAAUGGAGAACUAUUUCCAAGCAGAGGCAUAUAACCUCGAUAAGGUUUUAGAUGAAUUUGAGCAAAACGAAGAUGCCGCUGUUUCACCUACUCUGCUGGGUGCAAAGUGGAAUCAGAUUCUAGAUCCGCCUUCUCGUCGCCUGUCGUUCAACUCGGCCGUGGCCAGCGUGAAUGAAGCUCCAGCUCCUAAUGAGUGUCAGCAGAGAUUAAAGUCUUUCUCCUUGUCCCACUCAGUGACUACACCAACAGGAGGAGGGGAUCGCUGUGCUAAUGGAAAGGAUUUUAGCAUAAGCCCAGAGACCCCAGUCAUGUGGAUUGAUGAUCAGGCAGCAGCAGAUGAUCAGUUGGUUAAAAGAAAUAGUAAUCGGGAUGAUCAGUGUAACUCUAUGGAAGCAGGAGAAAAGAAAUGUGGAAAUACAGCUUGCUUGCCAGAGGAGAAAAAUGUGCUAGUGGUGGCAGUCAUGCACAACUGUGACAGAAGAACACUACAAAGUGGUGAUGUGGUGGAUUGUACAAAUUACAACAGUCAGUCCCUAAUGGACUCUAUUAGCUUUACACUGGAUAAUGAAAACCGACAGAGUGACCAGCUCAGUGUUACUGUAAAUGGAUCCACAGAAAAGGAUAUUGAUACAGAAAAGCAGGUAAACAGGCUGUGCACUGAAGAUGACUCUGUAAGUCAUUUGAUUAACACUUCAUCUGAAAGCCUGACUGCUGCAUGCCCCUCCUCUCGAUUGAAGGAGGAUUUUAAUAUGAAUAAAGAUUUGUUGUUUUCAGAAGCUACAACUGCAGGGAUCAAUGCAGUGACUCUCUUACAGAGACCAGUUGAUGGUACUGCUAAAAUGCAAGAAAAUUGUGCAUCAGUUGAAAAUUUCACUAGUAAAGCCAUUCCUCAGAGAACAGAUCUAGAAGCUAAAAACUCUUCUGGUUCCAGUAGUGGAAGCUUAAUUGUAGAACAGGAAACAACCCAGCAGUUGCAGUCUAGGCUAUCUGGGCUCACUGAGACCUGUCAAGCUAACGUGGCUGGAAGUGGCAAUUACAAGGAAUGUGUUGCAGAGGAUGUUAGUGCCACCGAAGGCGAAGUCGUUGAAUGUGAUAAAAAUCUCGGCACAACGGAAUUGCACAGCAUGGCAGAAUGUUACCCUGAACCUCAGGAGAUGACUAAUUGGGAGCUGACAAAGUUGAAUGAGAUGAAUAAUAAGCAAACUCUAGGAGAGAAUGAAAGACUUUUGCAGACCAAACAGCCUGAUGAUGCAUGUGGGAAUAGCAGAGAAGAUGAAGAUGGGGUAUUGGAGGCAGGCAUAGACUUAAAAGGGUCUGGUACAGAUGAGCUUGGAGGGUCCAGUCUCUCUGAUGUGAUGGCUACAUCAGCAGCAAGCUCUCUGUCUAAUGGUUGUGAUUCCUAUGGAAUGCAGAACCCAGUUGUUGCUCAUGUUCCAAAGACUUUACCCUCCAAGGAAGACUCGGUAACAGAGGAAAAGGAGAUUGAGGAGAGCAAGUCAGAAUGUUACACUAAUAUUUAUGAACAGAGAGGAAAUGAGGCCACAGAAGGGAGUGGUCUUAUUUUAAACAGCACUGGUGAUCACAUAAAGAAAAAUUAUUUGCAUAAUCUUUGUAGUCAGGUUUCAUCCAUGCAAGGGCAGACUUCACCAAAACCAGUGACUAACCUGCAAUACAGUGUUCCUUUUGGUGGUGCAAGACCUAAGCAACCCACAAAUCUGAAACUGCAGAUUCCGAAGCCAUUAUCGGACCACUUACAAAAUGAUGUUAUUCCCCCAAAUUGUGGAGGUAAUAGUAAAAACAAAAAUGUCUUUGGUAAGACACAGUUAGGGGAUACAGCAGACACGUUUCCUGGUGAAACAUCUUCAAAUGCCUCUGGUACUGGCUCUAAUGGGGAACAUUUGGAUGAGUAUGAAUCUGGAGUCUCUAAUAGUUCGUGCCUUGCAGUAGCCCCAGAUAGUCCAGACAAUGAUCUCAGAGCUGGUCAGUUUGGAGCUCCAGCCAGAAAGCCUUUUACGACUUUGGGUGAGGUGGCUCCUGUGUGGGUUCCAGACUCUCAAGCACCAAACUGUAUGAAAUGUGAGGCCAGAUUUACAUUCACCAAAAGAAGGCACCAUUGCAGAGCCUGUGGGAAGGUGUUUUGUGCCGCGUGCUGUAGCCUGAAGUGCAAGCUGCUCUACAUGGACCGAAAGGAAGCCAGAGUGUGUGUGAUCUGCCACUCAGUGCUGAUGAAUGCUCAAGCCUGGGAGAACAUGAUGAGUGCCUCAAGCCAGAGCCCUAACCCUAACAAUCCUGCUGAAUACUGUUCUACUAUCCCUCCUUUGCAGCAGGCUCAGGCCUCGGGCGCCCUGAGCUCCCCGCCUCCCACUGUCAUGGUACCUGUGGGAGUUCUGAAGCAUCCUGGAGCAGAAGUGGCUCAGCCUAGAGAACAAAGGCGUGUUUGGUUUGCUGAUGGGAUUUUACCCAAUGGAGAAGUUGCCGAUGCAGCAAAGCUGACAGUGGCUGGGACAACUUCCACAGGAACCUUAGCAGUGUCUCAUGAUCCACCAAAGCCCAUGGCCAACAACACUUCAUCAGCAGAAGCUGAUAACGCCUCUGUGUUCUCGGGAAAUAUAACUCAGGUUGGCAGUCCUGUUGGCAGUGCAAUGAAUCUGAUUCCUGAAGAUGGUCUUCCUCCAAUUCUCAUCUCCACUGGAGUAAAAGGAGACUAUGCUGUGGAAGAGAGACCUUCUCAGAUCUCUGUCAUGCAGCAGCUGGAGGAUGGUGGCCCUGACCCUCUAGUAUUUGUUUUAAAUGCUAAUUUGCUGUCCAUGGUAAAAAUAGUAAAUUAUGUGAACAGGAAGUGCUGGUGUUUCACCACCAAAGGCAUGCACGCCGUGGGGCAGUCGGAGAUCGUCAUUCUCCUGCAGUGUUUGCCUGAUGAGAAAUGUUUGCCUAAGGAUAUCUUCAACCAUUUUGUGCAACUUUACCGGGAUGCCUUAGCAGGUAACAUUGUUGGCAACCUGGGACACUCCUUUUUCAGCCAGAGCUUCCUUGGAAGCAAAGAACACGGAGGGUUCUUGUACGUUGCAGCCACCUAUCAGUCCCUGCAGGACCUGGUGCUCCCAACCCCACCCUACCUGUUUGGCAUCCUCAUCCAGAAGUGGGAGACCCCCUGGGCCAAGGUGUUCCCCAUCCGCCUGAUGCUGAGGCUCGGAGCUGAAUACAGGCUUUAUCCAUGCCCACUCUUUAGUGUCAGAUUCCGUAAGCCUUUGUUUGGAGAGACUGGACACACGAUCAUGAACCUCCUUGCAGACUUCAGAAACUACCAGUACACACUGCCUGUGGUCCAAGGUUUAGUGGUUGAUAUGGAAGUCAGAAAAACCAGCAUCAAAAUACCUAGCAACAGAUAUAAUGAGAUGAUGAAAGCCAUGAACAAAUCCAACGAGCACGUGCUGGCAGGGGGAGCGUGUUUCAACGAGAAGGCAGACUCACACCUGGUGUGCGUGCAGAACGACGACGGCAACUACCAGACACAGGCCAUCAGCAUCCACAACCAGCCCAGGAAAGUGACUGGUGCCAGCUUCUUUGUGUUCAGUGGAGCUUUAAAAUCCUCUUCAGGCUUCCUUGCCAAAUCCAGUAUAGUGGAAGAUGGAGUGAUGGUCCAGAUAACUGCUGAGAACAUGGACUCUUUGAGACAGGCCUUGAGAGAGAUGAAAGACUUCACCAUCACCUGUGGCAAAGUAGAUGCUGAAGACCCUCAGGAACACGUUCACAUUCAGUGGGUAGAAGAUGAUAAAAACUUUAAUAAGGGCGUUGUGAGCCCUAUUGAUGGCAAAUCCAUGGAAUCCAUAACCAGUGUGAAGAUAUUCCACGGCUCCGAGUACAAGGCCAACGGGAAGGUCAUCCGCUGGACAGAGGUGUUUUUUCUAGAAAAUGAUGAGCAACACAAUGGGCUGAGUGACCCAGCUGAUCACAGCAGACUGACUGAGAAUGUGGCAAAAGCUUUCUGUCUGGCUCUGUGUCCUCAUCUGAAACUGCUGAAGGAAGAUGGAAUGACUAAGCUGGGUCUGCGUGUUACACUGGACUCAGAUCAAGUUGGUUAUCAAGCUGGGAGCAAUGGACAGCCACUGCCCUCUCAAUACAUGAAUGACCUGGACAGUGCCUUAGUGCCAGUGAUUCAUGGAGGGGCCUGUCAGUUGAGUGAGGGGCCAGUCAUAAUGGAGCUCAUCUUUUAUAUUCUGGAAAACAUCUCAUAA